UGUCAGAGCUCGCGUGCCCAGUUCCCGAGGGGGCAGAGGUAGAAGAGGACAGCCACACAGGGGGCUGCGAGAGAGAAGGAGAUCAAAGCGAAGAAGGGAGAAGAAGGAGAGAGAGCAGUGAGGAAAGCUGGAAGGAGUGAGUGAAAAGACGAAGAGAGCGAUACAAGGAGAGAAAUAGACAGUAAGAUGGAUGAGGUUAUGAGCCCUGGUGAAGAUGUGCAAUGUGAUGUGGAGAUGGUCACAAGGUCUGAUCCUGACCCAGAAGUGGAUUCAGAGCCGGAGUCGGUUCCUGGAGGCCGGCGCCUGUUCUCUGGUUUGCUAGGACUGAACGUGAUUAUGCUCGGCGCCGCCCUUAUGGCGGCUGAUGCCUUCUAUGCCAAUGGGCAGCUGCAAGAGGGACGCCAGGUCUUCAUCCUGCUGCUGCUGCUACUCAGCGUGGUCUGGAUGCUCUGGUACCUGCUGUGGUCACGCAAGCGACCCGGCCGCACGCCCCACACCGACCACCACGCAGGGGGCAUCACCGUCGCAGUGGUCCUGGUGAUCUUCUCGGCCUUCAGCCUGUUCCUGCACAUCUUCAGGAUGGGUUACUUCAUCAUGAUGCGGGACUGCAAGCCGCUGGCCGAGGUCCUGGUCCCCUUUGCCGAGGCGCCCUUCCUGGCUCUGCAGACGUAUCUCCUGUGGGCUCACUCAAAGGACUGCAUCCACAAGCACAAGAUUCUCACCAGGUCCGGUCUGAUGUUCUUGCUCUCUACUAACAUCCUGCUGUGGCUGAAUGCGGUGACUGAGGACACUGUGCACAUGGAGAUCGAGCUGGAGAAGCAGAAACAGGCCAUCGCCAAUGGCUCCCUGACUGAGAACAUCACCGAGGGUCUGGAGUAUGACCUCGCCGAAUUCCCCAAAUGUCAGUGCACCGAGCACACCCCAUGCCUGGUGUUCCGCAAGGGCUUCGAGAUCCUAUACCCCUUCAACAUCGAGUUCUACCUGAUGGCGGGUUGCAUGAUCUACGUGAUGUGGAAGAACGUGGGCCGGCGUGUGGGCAAAGCCCCACACGAGCACCACCAACACCAUGACGUGAUGCGCAUCAUCCGGCAGGAGGGCAUCCUGCUGGGCCCACUGGCCGGCCUCCUAGUCCUCGCGAUGGGAGCCGUCGUCUUCAUCCUUUACCAGGUGUGGGUGAGUGACUCUCGCCGCGAAGACGCCUUCCUCGUCUUCUACGGCUACCACCUGGCCUUGAUUCCUGCCAUGUCACUGUUCUCGCUGGCUGGCAUGAUCACCUACCGCGUGGAGAGUAGGCUGCACGAAGCCAGCCACAACCCCACCAGAAGCCUGGACGUUCGCCUGCUGGUGGCAGCGGCUGUGGGCCAGCUAGCGCUCUCCUACUUCUCCCUGGUGGCCGCCAUGGCCAUUGGGUCCAGAGACCAUCUGGGGAGCCUAGACCUUUCGUACAACCUCUUCAGCCUGCUGGAGCUGCUCCUGCAGAACAUCUUCAUCAUUGAGGGGCUCCACCGUCACCCGAAUCUAAGCCGCACCAGGACGAAGGGAAGGCUGGCUACCAUCAUGUUCAAGAAAAAGAAGGGAGCUGCUGAGACCCCAGCGGUGAAUGAACCUGGAGGAGACGCUUUGUUAAAAAGAGGGCCUACAGCACCACCUGCAGGUGUGAAGGUGAACAACACCAACAAGCGCACCAAGAGAGUGAUUCAAGAGAUUUGUGCAUUCCUCAUCUUGGGCAAUGUCAUGUUGUGGGUGAUCCCAGCCUUCGGCGCUCAUCCCCAAUUCGAGAACGGACUGGGGAAGCAGUUCUAUGGGUUCCAGGCCUGGUUUAUAUUUGUCAACCUGGGCCAGCCACUAGUGGUCUUCUACAGAAUGCACUCUGUAAGGGCACUGAUGGGGCUGCUGAUCUCAGCCUGAACAGCAGGAGGCGAUAUAAGCCAUACUACUGCACUGGAGGAUGUGAAUAUUUUGGAUCUGUAGCAUGAAGCCCUGCUAUCCAGCCUAAGAUUCACAGGGAAGAAGAAAAAAGACUUUUUCUUAUUUAAGGGAGUCAAAUAACAUGGUCGAAAUAAAACAUUUGCAGUGACACAAAUGUUGCAUUUGAUACCCACUGUUAAUUAGUUCAAAAUAUGGUCAGGACUUAAAGUAUUAGGUAAUCUAACUGUUACUAAGGCCCUUUUAUAGGAUAUAUCAGACUGAACUGACACCCUAAAUACAUACCCUGGACACCAGAGACCAAGCAUCAGUCAGGGGCUCAGCUAGUAACAGACAAAAUGACGCUUCCUGAACCACUUGCUAUAUUUCUUGACCCCACUAGAUGGUGCUAUCUGUUCAAAAAAGGACACAAAGCAUGGCCAGAGAGCAAAGCCAGAGUGUGGCUGGAAAAUACAGCAGAUGGUUCAUGAGGCAUCAUUUCGUCCAUCGCUACCCGAUAUGCUGAUAUUCACUCGCCACCCACAGGCAUUGACAAGCAACGCAAGAUCACCAUCUAGUGGGGUAAAAAAAAUAUUCACGGUCACUUCAUCCAUCACUAGGCUUAACCACUCAUGAAUACUUUGGAUCAGAGCUGGUAUGAAUCCCAGCAUGUGUGAGAGGCAGCAGCCCAGCGGUGGAGCCCCGGCGUAAGUCUCCUGUGCAGAUGUUCAUGUUCUUGCACACAAAUUGGCUAAUUAGCUAACUGGCUAAUUUUACUGAUGUUGUG